CACACAGCCCGCCGGUUACAGCUAUAAACCGCCGUUUCCCCAUAAAUAGGCCUCCAUACCCCCGACGGAGAGCACCACAAGAGAAAUAAACAGAACCAGAGAGAGAGAGAGAGAGAGAGAGAUGGCGGAUGCUGUGCAAUCUUGGAGCAUCGACAACAUCCUCAAGAAGCAUUUGCCCCACAGGGGAUCCGUGGACGAGGAUGAUCUGAACUGGGACGACAAGAAGGAUUGGGCCUCGAACAUUCCGGCGAAGAAAUGGCCGGCGGAUCCGGCCGAAUGCUUAUCCAAUGCUCGUCACGAGUUCGGCGAGCACGGCGGCGUCAACAUGUCGAUCGAAGCAUCCGCGACCUUCACGGUCAUGGAACCCGACACGAUGCGUAAGAUGUUCGCCGGCGAGCUGGGACCCGAUCGAGAUUUCUAUAUCUAUAGCCGACACUUUAAUCCCACCGUACUCAACCUCGGCCGCCAGAUGGCCGCCCUCGAAGGCACCGAAGCAGCUUACUGCACCGCUUCUGGCAUGUCCGCCAUCUCCGCCGUGAUCCUCCAGCUAUGCCCUAGCGGAUCCCACAUCGUCGCCUCCAGAUGCCUUUACGGCGGAACCCACGCUCUUCUCUCACGAUUCCUGCCGCGAGCUGCCGGGAUCCAGACGAGCUUUGUGGAUAUUAAUGAUAUGGAAGCCGUUCAGGCUGCGGUCAGGGAAGGAGAGACGAGGUUGAUUUAUGCGGAGACGAUGUCGAAUCCCACGCUAACGGUGGCGGAUAUACCGAGUUUGAGUGCGGUGGCGAGGGAGAAGGGGCUGUUGCUGGUGGUGGAUAAUACGUUUACGCCGAUGGUCGUGUCGCCGGCGAGAUUGGGCGCGGAUGUGGUCGUGCACAGUGUUUCGAAGUUUAUUAGCGGUGGCGCCGACAUCAUCGCAGGUGCCAUAUGCGGGCCGGCGAGCCUAGUAAACUCCAUGAUGGACCCGCAGAACGGCGCUCUUAUGCUUCUAGGCCCAACAAUGAACGCCAAGGUGGCCUUCGAACUGGCGGAGCGACUUCCCCAUCUCUCCCUCCGCAUGAAGGAACAUUGCAGCCGCGCCAUGGCGUACGCCUCCCGCAUGAAAAAACUGGGCCUCAAAGUGAUCUACCCGGGCCUCGAAGACCACUCCCACCACUCCCUCCUCCGCUCCAUCGCCAACCCCGGCUACGGCUCCGGUGGCAUGCUCUGCGUCGACAUGGGCACCGAGGACCGCGCCAACCGCUUCCUCCACCACUUGCAGAACACCGCCCAGUUCGGCCUCAUCGCCGUCUCCCUCGGAUACUACGAGACGCUCAUGUCGUGCUCCGGCAGCAGCACCAGCAGCGAGCUCACCGAGCAGGACAAGGCGCUCGCCGGAAUUUCGCCGGGCCUUAUACGCAUGUCGGUGGGCUAUAGCGGAUCGCUUGAGCAGAGGUGGGCGCAGUUCGAGCGAGCGCUGGCUGCGUGUGCGAAGGAUAAUGUGGCUGCGCCGCCGCAUCUGCCGAUUUCCUCGAUCUCAUAUGGUGUUGAUAACUGAUGGAUGGAUGAAUUAUGUGGAGAAUAAAGGGACCGUCUGUUUGUUUGUAGGUUUCUGUGUUAGUUUGAAUUUGUGAGUCGCAUGUUAUGAUGAAUCUUUGAUGGAAUUUGGAAUGUGGGAACUUGCACUGAACUUGUUUGUAUUGUUAGUCUACAUAUAUUGCAGUAUAUUAUUAUAUGCUCGCAAAUACUGUGGGCUUUAUUAUGUUUUUUAA